AUGCCGUCUUCAUCUUCUCUCAACAAAAGGAAAAUUCUAUUCAUUCUGUUUUCCUACUAUCUGACUUUCCAAACAUUCAGCUUCAUUUUCACAUCGGAACUCUGGAUGGUCAUAGUCUUCCAUGCCUUGGCUUCCUUCCAUUUUGCCCUAAUGUCUUAUAUGGCUGGAAAUACUCAAGCCACACUCUCCGUGUUUUAUUUUACAGAGUUCACUCUCCUCUUCUCCUCUCUCAUCUGGUCCGGAUUUGUCCUUGGUCUCAGAUUCUACGUAAAAAGUGCCGAAAUCCAAAGAUCUGAUGAGUACUCGAUCUAUGCGAACUUCAUCGGUAUCUGA